GAUGUUCCGAUAUACUAGCUAUGCCGCGAAAGUGGCGGUCUAAGCACAGUUAAUUGAAUAAAACUCCGACACUUUUCUGAUUUUUGUGCUAAAAUUGUAUGCAAAGGCGACUUAAGUGUUUUAUAUUAAGUAUCCAGUAUAUAAUUUAAUAAGUAAUAUGUUCACUAAAGUUUUAUAUAGCUAACCGCAGUGUGAUUAUUUGUGGGUGUUGUGCCAGAUGUUGCUUGGUAACCAAAAAGCGUUGAAAAAUAUCUUAUGAAAGUUUAAGUUAAAAAAGUAGAAAAAAAUGUCUAAUAAGCCCACAAUUUGCUUUGAUAUAUCAAAAAAUGAACGUUUUCAAAUAACAGACAAUUACAAAAUGUUGCAUCGCAAGCUAAAGGCUAAUUGGAAUGUGGAACAAAACGAAGUUGACCUGAACAAGGAGUGCUUGGCACGCACAAAGAUUUUUGUGCUGGCUGGCCCGCAGGAUCGGUUCACCGAGGAGGAGUUCGAGGUGCUCAAAGACUAUGUGGAACAAUCGGCAGGCAGUUUGCUGGUACUGCUCGGCGAAGGAGGUGAACAGGAGUUCAACACGAAUGUCAACUUCUUUUUGGAACAAUACGGCAUCUAUAUCAACAGCGAUAAUGUAGUGCGUCCGCAUUACUACAAAAACUUCCAUCCCAAAGAGUGCAUCGUGGGUGGCGGCGUUGUCUGCGAGUCGAUGUGGCGACAGCUGCUCAAACGGGACAUCGAGAAGGUGGAUUAUGAUUUCAGUGAUGAGAAGUACAAGAUACACUUUCAAUAUCCCUAUGGUGCUACUCUAAAUGUUUCGGAGCCAGCAAACGUGCUGUUGACCACGGGACCCGUUGUCUAUCCCUUCAAUCGUCCUUUGGCCGGUUACUAUAGCAAUGCCAAGGGUGGCAAGAUAUUGGCCCUGGGCUCCGGCUAUAUAUGGCAUGAUAAGUACUUGCAGGAUAAAACGAACGAUGCUAUGCUGGAGUAUAUGCUCCAACUACUGGGCACCGAAGAGAUAAACUAUACGCACUUGGACUUUAAUGAUGUGGAGCUAAACGACAACAAACACUUCACGGACUUGGCUUUUCUCGCCGACAUGCCUAAGGCGUGUUUGAUCGACUCCAUAGGCACGGAGAUGCCCGCGGAUUUUAAGGAAAUGUUUGACAUGUCCCUCUGCUCGCUGAGCAAUCGCCUGUUGAAGGAUGUGAUCGAUACCUAUGCCCAGUUGCACGUAAACUAUGAGCCGUUGCGCAUAAUUAAACCACAGUUUGAAAUACCAUUACCAGCAUUGCAAUUGGCCACAUUUCCGCCAAUAUUCAGUGAGCCACCGGCGCCGCCUCUCGAGCUGUUCGAUCUGGACGAAACGUUCAGUCCAGCUCGUUCGCAGCUUGCACAGAUAACAGGGCAAUGUUUGCAGGCCCUGCGCUCCAAAGAGCCGGCACGUCGAGCGCCCAAUCAGCGCGAGCUGGAGAACUACGUGAAGGAGUGUGCACGCAUCACGGCUAUCAUCAGGGAACAGCAGGAGAUGCCCGCCCGCGAAAUACUCAAUAUUGUGGCACGCCAGAUCAGCAGCUAUGCACCCUAUGCUGAGGACUAAAUCCCCAACAGGUGCUCCAAUUACUAUAAUUUGCAAACAAUGCGCAUUCCAUGCAGCCAAUCUCUGUUCUUCAAAACACUU